AUGUUGCUUCUCUACCAAACAGGCAGCGUCAAAAUCGGCGAAGUAGUCCGCUACACAGUCACCUACACUCCGGCACACGAUCGAAUUCUUCCCUCCCCAGCAAGCCUGCACCUCAAGAUUAAGAACAGCUCUGCCAUCGCCCUACGCGCAGCCUUCAUCCACGGCCCCUACACCCUCUACGCAGCCGCUUACCCCGCCUCCUUCCACCCAGACUCCAAGUUCGAGACCUCACGCACACACGGCGUGCCAGAAUUCGAACCAAAUCUAAAAGCAGGGGGAACGUUCACUACUCAGCUGCUCGUUCCUGAGGGUGUGCGCGAGGGCGCGGGUAAUGCGGAUAGAGAUGGGGCCAGUGUCAGUUGGAUUAUAGAGGUGUCGAGUCAGGUUAUAUUCUCGACUUCUGCCGCGGUGCAUUAUGAGAUUCUGUUGGCGAGGGAUGAGAAGAGUUUGGGCUUGGGCUUUGCUAGUAGUUUGACUGGAGGUAGUAAUGUUAUUCCCACGCCGGGACAAGUUAGUGAUCACCAGCAGAGUCAGGGGGCCAAGGAUGGGCAUCACAGCGCGCAGCCUAAGGGGGUGUUCUCGAAGGCUAUUACGGUGAGGGUGGAUGAUACUGCCAGUCUGUGGAAUACGCCGCGUUUGCCGCAGUGGGAUGAUGCGGGGAAGGAGAGGGGCAAGAAGAAGACUCAGGAUGCGCCGGUUGAGAGUGUCAUGGUCGAUAAGACUGAUAAGAAAGAGGAACAUAGGUCGAAGAGACAGAAGAAAGUUCAUUUGGUAAUCUUGACCCAUGGGUUGCAUGGUAAUCUGGGGUCAGAUAUGCUGUAUAUGAAAGAGAGCAUAGAUGCUUCUGCUAAACAGGCAAAGAUAGAUGCUAGGAAAAGAAGGGCGGAGAGGCGCAAAGAAGAGCAAGCAAAAGCGGCAAAAGCAGGCGAGAAUGCUGACGAGCAUCAUGAUGUCGAGCGUAAGAACGACGAGGGAGAAACGAAACACCCAUCCGACCAGCAUGAAGAAAAGUUGGAUGAAGAUGAAGAUGAAGAGGAGAUUAUCGUCAGGGGAUUCUCGGGAAAUGCCACCCGGACAGAAAGGGGGAUCAAAUACCUUGGGAAACGGCUUGCCAAAUAUGUUUUGGCUAUGACUUACCCCGAUCAACCUUACCGGAGUAUCGCGAAGAAGGCAUCUUCUAAAUCCUUCUCGCGUGCUUUGACUCUAAGUCACCAAUCUGCUGGGGAUGACGAGGGUCCCUCAACCCAUAAGCACAGCACUAUCCGCAAGGAACCCCUCGACGACAACACCCGAGCGUACAAAAUUACCAGUAUCAGUUUCAUUGCACACUCUCUUGGUGGAUUGACACAGACAUAUGCUGUAGGAUAUAUUCAAAAACAUUCUCCUCAAUUCUUCGAUAUCAUCAAGCCGAUAAAUUUCAUAAGUCUCGCAUCCCCCUUUUUGGGACUCAGCAACGAGAAUCCACUUUAUGUCAAGUUUGCACUUGACUUUGGGCUUGUGGGACGUACAGGUCAAGAUCUUGGACUUACUUGGAGAGCACCCACGAUUGCGAGAAGUGGAUGGGGUGCGAUUGUUGGUGGUAUUGGAGACAACGCCCAGAAGAAGAUUGACGGCCAGACUUCUCCUGAGUCGAAGCCGCUUCUUAGGAUUCUGCCUACCGGGCCGGCGCAUACUGUACUGAAGAAGUUCAGGAAUAGGACUGUCUAUUCAAAUGUGGUAAAUGAUGGUAUUGUGCCUUUGCGCACAAGCUGUUUACUUUUCUUGGACUGGCAGGGUCUAGGCCGUGUUGAGAAGGCCGUGAGAGAGAAUGGACUGGUGGGAACAAUGGCUAAUUGGGGAUGGGCUGAGAUCACUGGCCAAAACACUGUCUCGCCCAUGGGUCGUGCUUUUUCAGGGAGUGGAAAUGCCAGCGACAGUGAGACUCCAGGGCUCAAUACCCCUACAAGACAAGGCCAUGGAGCCGAAGUGCCCCAGCCUGGUCUUGAUGCCAUUGAUGAUGAUAAUCGAAGUCUGCGUAGUCUUACGAACACCAAUGAACCUCCCAACUCAACCGAUGGUAGUGAUUCCGGUGGUCCAGAUGUUACCUCUCACUCCCAAACAAUCGGUAAUGGUGGUGCGUUGGCAAGUAUUGUCAAGUUCUUCCAGCCUAGUUCGUCGCAUCCAUCGCCGAAGUCACACAACCAUUCGCCAAAACAUACAAAAAUUUACAAGCGCAGUCAAACACUACGUAUAGAUAGUGAUUCCUCGGUUCCGACCAUUCAGAAACAGCCUUCUUCUCCGCAAGCCCGUGGAAAAGCAACUACGGGCGACUCAGGGCCAGAAGACCCUGAAGCGCUCUCAGCUCCCCCAAAGACUACCUUCUUCGAAUCUGCAGGCGAUCUCCUGAAACCUCCUUUGCCAACAGUAGAAUUCCUUAUAAAUCCGGAGUCGCGCUCUCGGACCAUUUUCCACGAUCGUGUCUAUCACCCCUCCGAUAUCCCUCCCCCACCACUUAAGAAACGCCCAAGUGGCGGCUCUCUUAUGAUGCGUCGCCGCUCUACUUCACAAAUCAGCUCCUCCGAUAUCCCCAACCCAGGCGUACCUCAUACAGAAAGCACCUUAUCUACCCGCGAUUACGAUGAUACCAAGAACACAAAUCCAGACAAAGACCCCCUUGACGUCGUUGACGGUAGUGCAAUGAAAGUGGAAGAAAAGAUCGCUCGUGCCUAUCAUCGCGACCUCUCAUGGCGGAAGGUUCUCGUGCGUCUAGAACCAGAUGCUCACAACAACAUGAUUGUGCGUCGUAUGUUCGCCAAUGCCUAUGGCUGGCCCGUCAUUAAGCAUCUAUGCGACACGCACUUCUCCGACUCCGCAGAAGCUAAUACGCCUGACUCGGAUGAAUCCAAUGAAGAGCGCGCGAAAGACGAAAACGAAGCGCCGGAUAAGGACGGUCGAGAGACGAACAAGAAGAACGAGUCGAAUCGUAGGCUGAGUCCAGAAGACCGCACGGACUCUGAAGCCCGCGAAGCGUCAGACGAAGUCUCUGCCCUGAGUCUGAAAGCUAAACCCAACAGUAUGGCGAAAGCGCUUUCGGCUAACAAGAAAGAACGACCGAGUUAUGAACGUACCGGUACUGAUAGCGAAGCGUGGAGUGAGAGAGAUUGGGCGGAUAGCGGGGAAGAUAGUGAGGAUGAAGAGGACCAGAGUAAAAAGAGUGGUGAGGGGGAACGGAGGUGGAACUGGACAGAGGCGAUUGCUGGGCGGGGAGCGACGAGCCCGAAAGGGACGCAGAAUAGUGAGAUUGAUGCUUUCCUUGGCAAGGGGAAAGCCCAGGAGCAGAGCCAGUCGGAGAGUGAUGCAGCAGCGGCAAGAGUGGUGAGUGGUGAGGCAGCGGGCAUGGGUGUUGGGCUAGGACAAACGCAUUCAGAUGACGAUAUUGGAAACGAUAUUGGAAAGAAAUGA